AUGAAUGAUGAUUCCAGUGUAAACAUAUUUUUAAACAAUUCGGAUGUAACAAGUAAUGAUAUGAGGACAAGUAGGGAAACACUUAUGAAUUAUGAACGAAGUAAUAAUUUUGCAAAUAAUGGUAAUACCAUUCAAUUUAUGAAGAAAGCAAGAAAUAAUAAGAUGCAUAAUAAUAAUAUGCAUAAUAAUAAUAUGCAUAAUAAUAAUAUGCAUAAUAAUAAUAUGCAUAAUAAUAAUGUGCAUAAUAAUAAUAUGCAUAAUAAUAAUAUGCAUAAUAAUAGUAUGCAUAAUAAUAAUAUACAUAGUAAUAAUAUACUCAAUAAUAUUACACAUAAUAAUAUACCCAACAAUAUUACACAUAAUAAUAUACUCAACAAUAUUACACAAAAUAAUGUACUCAGUAAUAAUGCACAUAACAACAAUGAACUUAAUCAUAAUAUACAUAACAAUAAUGUACAUUUUGAAAAGAGUAAUAAUAGUAUGCACAAAAAAUUAAACUUAAUGAAUGCGAAUUAUAUGAAUGAACAGAAUGAUCAUACAAAUUUUGGUAUGAAAAAUUAUAAUAUAAGGACAAAAGAAGAAGAAAAUAUUUUACCAAAUAACAUAAAUGGAGUGUUUCAAAAAAAUAAUAUGAACAUGUCAGGCGAAAAUAAUUACUUCGGUAACCCAUAUUUAAAAAAUUUUAACUAUGGAAUAUCUGAUGAGAGUAGCUUCAACGGCAGGGUUGGAGGGAAUGAUGUAGGUAAUAUCGCAGCUAAUUCCGCAGCUAAUUCCGCAGCUAAUUCCGCAGUUAAUUCCGCAGCUAAUUCCGCAGUUAAUUGCGCAGUUAAUUGCGCAGUUAAUUCUGUAGGUAAUAUCAAGGGAAAUAUCGUAGGUAGAGUAACAAACAGUGUGUCAAGGGCCAUGCCGAGCAAUAGCUAUCAUAAUAACAGAAUAGGCGAUACCUACAAAUAUGGGCUGAAUGAAAAUGUACAUGAAGAGUUCUUAAAUGCAAAUAUGAAUAGUUUCUUUAACAUGGAUGGUAAUAAUAGUAACAGUAAUAAUAGGGAAAGGCAUAAUAACAGCAAUGAUGGAAGUAAUAACAGUAACAGCUUGAGUGUUCAUAAGAGUGAAAAUAAUAGCAUUCAUGGUAAUAAUAAUAUGAACAGCAAGAAUAUGAAUUACUUAAAUGAGCUAGGUAAUAUAAACAAUCUACAAGUUUUAAACAAUAUGGGUGUGAAUAUAAAUAAUAUAUAUGAUGGUUUAAGCGCCAUCAAUGAGAUGAAUAACUUGAAUCAUUUAAACGAUAUGAAUGAUUUAAAUAAUAUUGGUAACUGUAGAAAUGUGGACGAUGUAAAUAGUUUACGCAAUUUUAGCAAUGUGAACCACGUGAACAACCUGGUCAAUACGAGUGGCAUAAACAAUAUGAACAACCUGACCAAUGCAAAUGGUAUGAACCGCAUGGACAACAUGAAUCGGUUAAAUACCUUGGGUGAUAUGAGCAAUAUGCAUAAUAACACCAUAAAUGAUAUUAACGUUUUAAAUAGAAUAGAAAAUGCAGUAGGAAAUAAAAAUUUAAGGGAUGUAAACAAAAUAAAUGAACAUAUAAAUAAAAGUAAUAGUUUUAACUCAAUAAAUCAUAUGUACACUUUUAAUAACAACACGAGCAUGAGUAAUUCAAACCCAUCUAUGCAGAACUUGAAUUGUAUUCAUUCAAAUGCAGCAUCAUGUGUUCGUAAUUUAAAAAACGACAGUGAGUAUGGUAAGUUAGUGAGUAACGAAAAUGUAAGCAUUGUUGAUGGUAACAGCAUGCACACCGGUGUAAGUAAUAAAGGCAUGACUGGCUAUAUGACCAGCAGUAUAAUUAACAGCGGCAUGGUUAACGGUGUAAAACACGUGGGAAAGUCAAACAGCUACAAUAAUUUAAGUAGUGUAGGCGGGUUCAGCAAUAUUCAAAAUAUAAACAGCAUGAACAGUACAAACAAUAUGGUAGGAACAAGUCAUGUAAACAACAAUAUGAGUAGUACUAAUAGCACAAAGAAUAUUAUGAAUGCAGGCAGUUUUCAUCAGUUAGGUAGUAAUACUAAGUAUGGCUCUUUCUACAUGAAUGACUACUUGCCUAACAAUGAUAGAAUUAAUAAUUCGAAAUUAUCAUAUAACAUUAAUGGUAAUAGUAUUAAUAAUAAUUGUAAUAAUAAUGUGUUUAGUAACACUACCCCCCCUGAGGGUUGUAGUAACAAUGGAAGCAUUAGCAUUAACAAUAGCAUAAAAAGUAAUGUGCAUAGUAAUAAUAAUAAUAAUAAUAAUAAUUUUAAUUAUUAUUAUUAUAGUAACAGUCAUAGUAAUAGCAAUAGUAACUGCAGUAGCAGUAGUAGUAAUAGUAAUAUCCGAAAUAAGAGCAUAAAAAACUCGUACAUAAAAAGUAAAAUGAAUUUUCCGACAGUGUCAAAUAGCACAGUUAUGAAUCCGCAAAUGAUUCAUAGUACACACCCAAGUAUAACUUAUGAAAACAACAAAAUUACUCAAGAGGUUAGUGGAAGGAACAGUGGGAACGAUAUCAGUAAUUCAAACUUCAACGGAAAUGGAAGCAGUAGUAUGAACAUUAGCACGUGCGUUAACAUUGGAGGCUGUGUCAACAGUUGUAGUAAUAAGAACACUCUACCGAAUGAACUACCAUACAGUCAUUCGUUAUAUAGUGAUCAUCGUAGCAAAUUGAUGUUAGGGAAGAAUAGCAGUUAUGAUCAGAAUAAUACUUUCAAGCAGAACAAUAUUGUAGAGAAUAUUAAUAGAAACAUUAAUAUGAUGAACAGUUAUGCCAUUGAUAGCAGCGUCCCAUAUAAUCAUAAUAGCAAUAUGUUUAACAAUAAAAAUUGCGCAGACUCAAAUAUUUUAUUAGGUGAUAUUGAUAGUAGUAUUUAUGAUGAAAACAAGAUAAAGAGUAAUAACAUGAGUGGUAUUGCAAAACCCCCUUCUUACAUGAACAGUAGUAAUAACAUGUUGAACUACAGCAGUAAUAAUAUAAGUAACGAUGUUCACAAUGUUAGUAAUGGCGUUCAUAAUAUUAGGAAUAAUAUUAAUUGUAAUAGUAACAUCAAAGUUAACACCGGGGAGGGAAUGAGUUGUAAUAACAUCCUUAUGAACGCAUGUGUUGAUUAUAUACCCCCUAUCACUAAGGAAGAAUUAAACAAAAGUGAGUAUUAUUCGAAAGCGUAUUACAUGAACCAAAUGCAUCAGUAUCAGCCCCAGGCAAAUCCCCCCUCUCAUCCAUCACAUCUUCCGAAUUUGCAACAGCACUUGCAUAUACCUGUACAACCGCAUGCACAUGCUCCUCCCUUUCAGAAUAAUUAUGAUUCCUUGCAUGAUGAUGGCAAUGCUUACAUACAUGCAAUGAACAAGUUAGAGAAAAAUAAAACAAAAGGAAACCAUCUCUAUGCAGAAGAGAAAAAAAAGAAAGAAAGUAAUGAUGAAAUAAAGAGGACAGUGGAAAAUGAGAGAAAUAGGACGAGUAACAUAAAAAGUUUGAGUGAGGGUAAUCCCAAUUUUAAUUAUUAUAACGGCUUGGAAAAUUUAGACGAUUUAAACAGCAUGGAAAUUCUGAACAGUGUAGGCAACUUGAACAACCUGAACGUGGGCAGUCUAAGUAACAAUGGUAGUAAUUAUUUUUAUGACCCCACUACAAGACAAUAUGUGUUGGGCUACCCUAAUGUUCCCAAUACAUCAAAUGCAAAUGAAUUGAUGAAUAGCAGUCCGAUAUAUUACAAGCGGGAAAAAAAUUUUCACAGCGUGAACAACCUGAACAACGUGCAUAAUAUUCAUAACUUACAGAGUAAUAUAAAUUCAAGGAGCAAUAAGGAAAAUCUCAAUUUGCAGGAGGGACGGCUUUCCAACUAUAACUACAAUAAUAAUAGCAAUAUUACAUUAAAUAAAGACAUAAUAGAAAUGAUACUAAGGAAUAAUAAAAAUUCCUUGGAUAAAAGUUUUAAUGAAAAUAUAAAUCUAGCAUACACGAAUUACUUAAUGAAUGUCAGUUCAUCCUAUUUAAGGAAAAAAUCAUUAGAAGAAAAAAAAAAUAUUAGCAACAAGGGGCAUCAUGGUAGUAGGGGUAAAUACAAUUCAGGUAAUAAAGGGGGUACUAUGAAUGUAAAGGGGAAUAAAAGUAAGAGUAAACAGAAGCAUAAUGCCAAGGGUGGGGGAGUUGAAAAGGUGAGCCAGUCGAAAGAGGUGAAGAAGAGUGAAUUGGUUGAGUUAGACAUAAAUGAUGUGGUUGAGGUAAAGGUGGCUGAACCGAGUGAGAGUAGGAAGACUAAACUAGGGGGAGAAGAAACGCAUGAACAGAGUGAAGCACUAUUAAGUGAGCUCCAUGAAACAGGUCCUGUUGAAGGAAAAGAGACAGAAGCAGCAGAAGCAGAAACAGAAACAGAAGCGAUAUCAGUAUCAGUAGCAGUUGAUGGGGGGGUAGAAGCAGAUGGAGAAACACAGACCAAGGUAGAGGAGGAGAAUCUUUGCACCCCCGUGGAUGCUAAGGACUUGGGGGAAGUAAUGCCGGUGAAAAGGGAACAUUCAAAGAGAGGAAGAAAAAAAAAAAUCAAAAGUUUUGAUUGUAAAACGGUAAAAACGGAAUUAAGAAAUGAUUGUAAGGAGGUUAAACGUAAAGGAAGAAAAAGGAAAAUAUAUUUUGAUCCAUAUAUUAACAUUGUAAAGGAUAAAGAAAGGACUACAAGAGAAAAUAUGCAGAAAAUGGUAUUAAAAGAAUCGUAUGAAAUGAAGGAGGAGUUGGAAAAAUUGAAUAACGAAAUGAUACUAUAUUAUAAUCAAAUAAAAAAUAAUGAUGGUAUUCUUUGUGAUCAGAAUAAUUUUGCUAAUCAUAGUAUAAAGAAUGUAUUAUAUUUUUUAAAAUGUAAAUUAAAUAAUUUUAAUGUAAAAAAUUCAUUAAACAGUCAUUCAGAAAUUAAUGUGCUUAUCAAUAAUUUUUUAUAUGUUCUGAGGAUAAUAAAUAAGCAUAAAAAAAUUUUAGAAAAUAUAUAUAGUUUUAAUUUCAAUACUGUGAAUGAAUUGGCAGUAAGAAACUAUUUUGAGAAGCAUUUUCCCUUUGUGAAAUGUUACAGGCCUACUUACGAAAUAAUGGACCAAGUGAAAGUGGAAGAGAUGGAUGAAGAAUUUUUAAAAAAUAACAAUAGCAUUGUAAAUGGUAACAAUAGCAAUAAUUAUAGUAAUGACGGAAUUUGUUUAUUUAAAGACAAGGUAAAAAAAAACUAUGAUAAGAAAAAAUUGGGAAAAUUGUCGGCUAGCACAUACGGGAGUAGUGCACGGCCGAUUACCGAUAUGCAUAGUAACAACAGCAGCAACGUUAGCAGCAGUAGUAGCAAUGAUGAUGAUGAUAAUGUUAAAUGUAAAGAAAUAAUUUGCAAAAGUGAAAAUUUUAAAAAUAUUCCUUAUAAUAGUAACACACUGCAAGAUAAUAUAACAAAUGGCGUUAAUGGGGAAAAUUUUUCAUUCUUAAAUUAUGGCACUGCAAUAUACUCAAAUGGUAACAAAAUAGUAGAAAUGGAGGAAAAUCACCUUAACAGUCAUAAUAUUGACAACAUGAUGGAGGAAAAUCACCUUAACAGUCAUAAUAAUGACAACAUGAUGGAGGAAAAUCACCUUAACAGUCAUAAUAUUGACAACAUGAUGGAGGAAAAUCGCCAUAACAGUCAUAAUAUUGACAACAUGAUGGAGGAAAAUCACCUUAACAGUCAUAAUAUUGACAACAUGAUGGAGGAAAAUCGCCAUAACAGUCAUAAUUUUGACAACAUGAUGGAGGAAAAUCGCCUUAACAAUCAUAAUUUUGAUAACAUUAAGGAGCGUAAUAACUCCAGCUGA